UCGCCUGCUCUUCAGAAUGAAGAAGGGCUGAAGAGCGACAAGCGGCAAAUUAGAGGCGAGCCAUGGCGGUCUUCGGAGCCUUCGCUGUCCUCCUCCUCCUCCUUGCAGCAGCGGAGUCUGUUGUAGUUGAUGAAUUUGACCUGACUGAUGCCCUUGGAGGCUACACAGAGGCUCCCCGGAUAAACCCGCGAACACAACAGUGUCCAAAUACUCCCCGAGACAUUGCCUUCUUAAUUGACGGUUCAUCCAGCAUGCGACCCCAAGAAUUCUUGCAAAUGAAGAUGUUUAUUGAAGAUGUCAUGAAGAGCCUUCCAGGGAAUACACAUUUCUCCCUCCUGCAGUUCUCGAACAAAUUUGAGGUACAUUUUGAGUUCAGACACUUCCAUGACAAUCGAAAUCCUAGCCGGCUGCUCACCGGCGUUAAUCAGCUGACAGGCUCCUCAUACACAGCCAGCGGGAUCAGAAAAGCCGUGGACCUCUUCGACCCUCGCAAAGGUGCCCGUGAUACAGCCAAAAAGUUUCUCAUUGUGGUGACAGAUGGGGAGAAAAUUGGAGACCCUCUGGAUUAUCCAGAAGUUGUAGAGGAAGCCAACAGAGCUGGAAUCACCCGCUUUGCAAUUGGGGCUGGGCCAUUAUUCCUAAGCAAAACUGCCCAACAGGAGCUCCAUGCCAUUGCCUCUCACCCUACUUUGGACCACGUCUUUCUUGUGAGACAUUUCACAGGCCUCCAGGACAUCCAGGACCAGCUGAAGCAGAAGAUUUGUGCCAUCCACGGCCCAGCGAUUCCACGGGCUACAGAAGCGCCACAGUCACCAGAUGCAUGCAGCUCACAUUCUGAUCCCCAGGUGCUGCGGAAACUGGAGCAAGUAGUGAGUGGCCUCGAUCAGGUGAAAGCCAAGCUGGAGGUGCUGGCUGCAAGGCAGGGGAAAUGCGGCUGUACUCCCCAUCACUAAUCCUGAGCUGUGGGGCAGAUGGGGGUAUAUGCUCUGAAACAGCAGGCAAAUAUGAGGAAAGCAAACAAACAUGAAAUUCAUCCAGGCAUAUGGAAGUGUUCUUGCACACAAUUUUUAAUCUGCAUACUUAUAACAUGCUCAAGAGCCUCUGAUGCCAAUAAAGCCAUCUCAUACCA